GGUGGUGACACGUCUAAUCCCCCAAAAUAAUAACUCCCUAAAGAAUGAGAUCACAUGACAGACUCAAUCAGCCUUGCAUCAGUUUUCCAGAAGGUUCAAUGGGUGGCUGUCAUUGUGUAUAUAAAGAUCACAGCCACGGGCUGACCUGCAAGCGGUUCUUGGACUGAGCUCCGCACAAGUUUCAAAGCUAAACCCUCUCCUUCCUUUCAAAGCGAGAAGAUGGACAUUGCCAUCCAACACCCGUGGUUUCGCCGUUCCCUCUUCCAGAACUCCCUCUUCCCCUCUCGCAUCUUUGACCAGCAUUUUGGGGAACACUUUGACCUCGAACCCUUCAUCAACUUCUCCUCUCUGGUGAACCCCUUCUACUGGAAGGCGGCAGGUCUGAGCAGGACCCCCAGCUGGUUGCAGUCUGGACUCUCUGAGGUGAGACUGGACAAGGACAAGUUUGCAAUUCACCUUGAUGUCAAACAUUUCACCCCUGAGGAAAUUCGAGUCAAAAUCCAGGGGGACUUUAUUGAAAUCCAAGCCCAGCAUGAAGAGCGUCAGGAUGAACACGGAUAUAUUUCCCGGGAGUUUCACCGCAAGUACAAGAUCCCGGCGGGAGUGGACCCGACCCUGAUCACCUCCUCGCUGUCGGCGGACGGAGUGCUGACCGUCACCGGCCCCCGGAAAGUGGCCGACGUCCCCGAGAGAACCGUGCCCAUCUUCCGAGAGGAGAAGCCUGCGGUCGCUGGACCUCAGCAGAUGUGAAUCCCCGGACCUUUCUGUUGAGUUCAGUGUGAAACAACUUCAAGCCAUUAAAGUAUCGCCUUUCGCUUUUUGUGUAACAUUUUUUGUAUCGCCAUGUAAUCAAACAUUCCUUAAUAUGUCAGCUUGCAACAAACAUUUAUCUUUGCUGCCUUCAUUAAUAUCACCUUAAAAUAAAAUCAACAAUUGAUGAACCAA